AUGAAGAAUCUCCCGACGCCCGGAAAAGUAUUUAUCUCCAAAAAGCAGAAAAUUCUUUCUCAGCUUUCGUUGCCAGAUGAGCAGUACACAGAUGCCUCACCCAAAGGCUCCGUCGACGAAGGAAUCCGCUAUUUGAUUGAUCAGAUCAACAUGCAAGCAGGGCUUGUUACGACGAGCAGUUGCGCUGGAAGAGUGAGUGUGUAUCUGGAGGGGCCAAAAUUUGGUCAGGGAGCAAGUUCCUCCGACGGUGAAGAGACUGCUGGUAAUGGGGAUGUCGCAGUCGAGGCUGGCCGUGAAAAUGCCGUUGCCAGUUCUGUGGGAGGAAAAGGAGGUGGGGAGUGGUUGUUUGUAUCGCAUGAUCCAGUGAAAAAUGAUGCUGGGGAGAGUGGUUAUGAGAGACUGUUCGGUUUUGGAACUGUGCCUGCCAGAGAGCAGUUCGUGCAAGAUGUCUUCGCACCCUCAACAAGACUGAUUCAUUUCAAGUUUGAGCCUAUGAUCUUACAUAUCCUUACAGCGUCUCUUGAGCAUGCACAGCUUGUUAUCCAAGCAGGCAUGGAAGCUGGCUUCCGUGAAAGUGGAGCUGUAAGCUUGCUGAAGAAGUCGGGAGAUGAUGACGCAAACCCGAUGGUGGCUAUACGGUCCAUGGGAUUGUCCUUCGAUUCACUGAUUGGCGCCGAAAACGAUGGUAUCCGGCGUCUUAUCGUAUCAUCUGAGUACCUGAAGAUGCUCGUCCGAAUUGCCAACGAGCGAUUUGUUGAGAACCAAAAGAGGAUAGCGAGGUUCAGCGCUGCCCUUGAAUCUGCCUUUGCCCCCCCAAAAGCUAAGGCAAACUGGGAAUCUGCUCAGGCGAGAAGGGAACAAGGGGUGAACUUCUUGUAG